GCUUAACUGAGGCCACCCAGGUGCCCUGAUCUUGACAGUUGAGACUACAGCUUGGUUAUAUCUACUCGAUUAUAGGUAGUCAGAUACAUUCACUGUUGCAACAUGUGAUUAAAAAAAAAUGAGAAGAGAAUGAGAGAAACAAGAGAAGCUAUUGGUUGCGUAGCAGAAGUUAAGGACUGACAGUAGUGAGUCAAACUGAUUGUGAUUUUUCAUUUUUGAAACUAAUACUGUUAUCAGGGAGAUGGGGUGAUGAUAACUGAAAUUUGUGGAAACAUGAAUAUAGAUGGUCUUCUCUUUAUUGCUCAGAGAUCUGGAGGAGAGAGUUGACGGAAGAUAAUGCCCUAUAGAUCCCUCUCCCUGCAUGCAAGGAGAGAUACAGUGGGAACAGAAAGUAACUUUCAAAAACAGUAUGUUUUUCUAGAAAAGUGGAAGUGAUUUUUCUGGAGCUGGAAAUGCGAAGACAUGAAAAUAAAGUCAGUGUAUACGUAACAUCUAUUUCAUGUUCUGAACUGCCCAGGAGAUGGGGCCACGGGUAGAAAGACCUGGGGGAUCUUGAUUUAAAUGUUGAUUUGUUUGUAGUGGGUCUGCAGAGGGAGUCCAAAGAGCACAGUUUUGAUUUGAGGUUUGAAACUUGGUCAUUGACUCCUCUGAACUUUCUGAUUUAGUUUGCAAGUACAGAUAUCCUCUUUAAAGAUAACAGGUAGUUAGGACAAUUGCCCAGUUUUGUCCUCCAUUUGCAAACAGUUUCUCACUGCCAUGGAUCUGUAAUCUGAUGUCUUAAAUUACCACCCAUAUGGAGAAUACAUUAUGGGCGGAUAUAUAUGCACAUGUUAUAGCACCUCUUUUUUGAAGAGCUGAAAACUUCACCCUGAAUUUUAAAACUAUCCAUUUUGACAGGAAAGGCGUGAUAUCAGAGAAAGCAGAAGUCUUUGAGUUUUGGAUUCUGUGUUUUACUUCCAACCCUGGUUGAUUGACUGUGUACCUCGGUUGUCCAAUUGGAAAAUGGGAAAAUAACAAAUUAGCCUUCAAGUGUGUAGGCAAAAGUACUGCCUUUGGUUUCCUCCCGGAUCCAUUAUGUAAUGAUACAUUAAGAAUAUCAAAAUGAUGAACGGGAAAGAAGGAGAACUAGGGAGACAGUUGGCAGUAUGGUAAGGGGAACAAAUUGCUGGUGGAGAUUCACUUUAAUAAACAGAACAUUUAAUGACAUGAACCCGAUGUCAGUUCUCUCUCAGUUAAGCCUCUAGGUUGACUUUGACUGUGUGGUAAACAGAAUAUGUAUUGAAGGUAUUCAAUAUUAACAGCAUUGGUGCAACUUGGUUGUUGAAAACCAAGUGGUGAGAAUGGUGGUUAUGCUCGAUUUGAAAAAUCUCGCCCAUGCCCCUUCUGGUGAGGCCAACGAAUUUACAAACCCUGUAGGAAUUUCUAGAGUGAAGCAUGAAUGUGGACUUCUCCUCAGGGACUAGGAUGUCAGUCAGAGGUGUCUGUGUGAGGAGGAGGGCAAGGAAUUUAUAGGACAGUUCUUGAAAUUUCAUAUCUGUUAGGCAGACCUGGGAGCUUGGAGUUAGCCAGAUAGUGCUUUAUUUUUAUCCGCAUUUUACUUUCUGCAUUUCAAAUAUGAGAUUUUUGAGAAAUGGGAAAAAAGUAUUAAGGCUUUGCAGUGCAGGGUAUUUUGGUUGACUACUGAGUGCUUUUAAAAACUUGCACAUAGCAUCUGUGAUCGGCUCUAUGAGAAUUUAUAGCAUAGCACUUUGUUUCUCCUGUCAUGACUUUUGUGGGAAAAUGUUUUCAUUCACUGUGCUUGGUGAUUUGCAGCAGAUCACCCACAUUUUGUUUUGUUUAUAACCGGUUAAUGCUUUGUAAAAUGAUACAUUUGGACUUUGAGGAUGGUGGUUUUCAUAUGUGUUGAAAUCACUUUGAAUCCAUUUCAAGAAGAUACAGCCUAUCCUUCCGUUUGGUUCUUAUUAACUGCUUCCGAGCCUGCACGGAUAGCUAAGCAAAGCAUGUAAUGUGUUUCUCUGAAGUUCAACUGUGCUCCUGCCCGAGCUUCCUGAAAGCAGAGACAGCCGUGAGCUCGUGGUGAUGAAACCUGUUGGAUUUCUGGAGGAAGCAGUGGAGUCUUUGGCUUGUUAACUAGCAAUGAUUCAAGUCUUGCAGAUUGUGAAGGAGCUGGUGACACCAUCGAGGCAAAAAGCAGCCCGAGUGAAGGAAGAUUCGGACCAGGAUGUAGCACUCAAACUUGCCCAGGAGCGAGCUGAAAUAGUUGCUAAAUAUGACAGAGGACGAGAAGGCGCAGAGAUUGAACCUUGGGAGGAUGCUGAUUACCUUGUUUACAAAGUCACGGAUAGAUUUGGCUUUUUACAUGAGGAGGAGCUCCCGAAUCACAACGCAGCUGUGGAACGCCAAAAGCAACUGGAAAUUGAAAGAACUACUAAGUGGUUGAAAAUGCUAAAAGGAUGGGAAAAAUACAAGAACACCGAAAAGUUUCAUAGGAGAAUUUACAAAGGAAUCCCACUCCAGCUCAGAGGUGAAGUCUGGGCUCUGCUUCUGGAGAUCCCUAAAAUGAAAGAAGAAACAAGAGACCUCUAUAGUAAAUUAAAACACAGAGCCCGGGGUUGUUCACCUGAUAUCAGACAGAUAGACCUUGAUGUCAACCGCACAUUUAGGGACCAUAUUAUGUUUAGAGACAGAUACGGUGUUAAGCAACAGUCACUGUUCCAUGUUCUCGCUGCGUACUCGAUUUAUAACACGGAAGUUGGAUACUGUCAGGGGAUGAGCCAGAUCACAGCUUUGCUCCUUAUGUAUAUGAACGAAGAAGAUGCCUUCUGGGCCCUGGUCAAACUAUUCUCAGGCCCCAAACAUGCCAUGCAUGGCUUUUUUGUUCAAGGUUUUCCUAAACUCUUGAGGUUUCAAGAACAUCAUGAAAAAAUACUGAAUAAAUUUCUAUCCAAGCUUAAGCAACACUUGGACUCUCAAGAAAUCUACACAAGUUUUUACACAAUGAAAUGGUUUUUUCAAUGUUUCCUUGAUCGUACUCCCUUUACACUAAACCUCAGAAUAUGGGAUAUCUACAUCUUUGAAGGAGAACGAGUUCUUACCGCUAUGUCUUACACAAUCUUAAAAUUACACAAAAAACAUCUAAUGAAAUUGUCUAUGGAAGAACUUGUAGAAUUUCUUCAGGAGACCCUGGCAAAGGAUUUUUUCUUCGAAGAUGACUUUGUAAUAGAGCAACUUCAGAUUUCUAUGGUGGAACUAAAGCGUGCAAAAUUAGACCUUCCAGAACCUGGGAAAGAGGAUGAGUAUCCGAAGAAACCUUUGGGACAGCUGCCACCUGAAUCUGCUUGCAUCAGUCACCUGAGCAAUGGACAGAGAAGUGUGGGCAGGCCAAGUCCCCAUACGAGCAGCAGAAGAGGAAGCGGCUCAUCACCUCACAAAAAGCACGAGCCUUCCCCUCUCCACGCGAGCAGGACUGGUACACCAGAACGAGUAAGAGCGCUGAGACGGAAAUCAGAAGAUGAAGACAGUAAAAAGCUUCAAGAUGAAGCAGAUCUUCAAAGAAAACCUCCAUCAGGUCCACAGGACAGUUCCAGGCAGUACAAUCACGCAGCUGCUAACCAGAAUAGCAAUGCCAUGUCCAAUACCAGGAAGGAAUUUGUGCCCAAGUGGAACAAACCGUCAGAUACUUCAGCUGUUGAAAAAACUGCCAAAUACGCCAUCGAAGGCAAAAGUAGGUCAGGACACCCGGCACUCACCGUUUCCAUCCCAAGUUCUGCUGACCCUCGGGUAUCAAACGUGAGGCAGAAGAUGAAGGUUUUGGAUGCCGAUGAAGGGAAGCGGGGCUCUAACGCGUCCCAGUACGACAACGUACCUGAAAAUGACAACAGCGCUUCUAUCGAAGAGGCACUAGAAAGAGCCUACUCCCAAAGUCCACGGAACGUGGUUUACUCUCACAGCCCAAGGAAGUACGUGGAGCCAAGUUCUAGUCCAUCGCGAGUAUCAAACAAGUUUACUUUUAAAGUGCAGCCUGCAGGUUACGCAAAAUACCCACCUCCGCUGGACGGCGAGGAUCGCAGGACAGUGCCGCCGCCGUCCUACAGUAACCCCCCCGUUUACCACGGCAGUUCUCCCAGACACAUCCCUGCUGCUAACAGCAGCUUCGCCUCUCCGCCGUCUGCCCACGGGACUCAAGUGCAUCCUUCCCGGAGACCUUAUGGUUCGACUCUUUCAGUCAAUAUUUCUCCAGAGAAGUCGCACGGCCGCCCGCUCCCUGUCGUGCUGCCCUCCAGCCGCGUAGAAGUCCUUCCCAUUGAUCCUGGCGUCGGGGGGUACGCAGGCAAUCCAGAGUCGCCAAAGAAUGGACAGUUCAUCAUUCCUCCAGUGGAUUAUCUGCCGGAUAACAGAAAGUGGUCGGAGGUCAGUUACACCUACAGACCCGAGACUCAUGGACCGUUGUGGACUCAAGACACUAACCGGGGCCACUUGAGCAACUUACCAAAAUAUUCCACCUUCCAGCACGUUCCCUUCCAGGACCACAGCCUGCCGGCGGUUUCAGUGGACAGUCCAGUGCGAUACAGAACUUCCCCAGGCUUAGAAGACACCGGCUCCUCUGGCUGCCAGUAUUCAGGGCCCUCACCUCCAGUGUACCACUACAGAAAUCGCGAUGGACUUUCUAUUCAAGAAUCAGUAUUGCUGUGAGAAUUUAUCUGUACUUGGUAAAGACAGGAGACUAGAAACCAUUUGAAACCUACAUUGAUAUGUUUAUAAUUGCCAAAGCAGUAUUUUAUACUAUUGUAAACAUCUUGCAGAGCUGCGGCGUCUGCUGAUGCUAGGAAUAUAUAGGAGCCUUUGAGCCCACGUAGAUGUGGUUUGUGAUGACCAUUUUUGACUGCAGCAUCACUGAACCUGUUGAACUGAAUUCAACCCAGAAACGUAGCAAUAGCAUUUAGGGAUGCACACAUAAUGAUAAUUCGGGACUCAGUUUCACUUACAUCUUCCUCCAGAACCUGAGCAUUUUUGCGCCAUUAGCCCAUCCUGUUCUGAGUAACGUUACAGAGCACUGAGAAACUGUGUAGAAUAGAUACUUUCAAGGCUAUAUGUAGUGUGCGUGUCUUUCAGUAGAUACCAAAAAGCCUACAGGCACACACAUUUGAACACAGAACUAAAGAAACUAAUUUUAAAAAAUUAAUUUCAAUCUACGUCCGUGGAAUAAUUUACUAUUCUUUCUUUCCUUAACUUGUCUUCCAGCCAAGCUUUUUGGUUUUUGUUUUUUUCUUUUUCUCCCUUAUAUUUUUCACCCAGAUCCUAGAGUGCCGUCAGGGUUUGCCCCACCUUCAUUCAGCUUCUCUGCAGUUGUGGCCAUUUUCUUUCCUUCUGAAAAUUAAAGACGCUGGAGAGAAAAGCUCGCCACUGAAUGGUGCUUAAACACUGGGGCACAGAACAGGCUCCUUUGACAUCGUUUGAUAGCAGGCUUAAUGCUGUGGUCGCUUCUUACUUCUGCCCUGUAAAUUCCUGCAGGGCCCGGGCUGUUGACUUACUUGAGCUUUUCCUGGCACUCUUUCUUUAAAGGUGGUAAUCAAGGGAUAUGGCUGCACUUAGACCAUUAAAUUAUCAUUGUGUAAACUUGUAAAAAAUGAUCCUAAUUAUUAGUAAGGAGUCUAAGGUUUUAAUCUUUAUAAAAAUAGUGUGACUUUCAUACUUCUAAAAAUCUUUUUUUUUUUUCUUUUGCAGUGAGAACAAAUUCAGGUUCAUGGUUAAAAAUUAGCAACGUCUUU